AUGUAAAAAUUUUUAAAAAAUCAACUAAUAAACCAACAUUUACGAAAAAUAGAGUACAAGUCAAUUAUAAGCCGUUUCCUAAAUAAAAACCAUGAAAAUAAAGUCUAAUAAAUAAACCCAUUUUCCCCCUAAUAAAAACAGCAAAAUGUAUUCUUAAGUUUACUUUUAGACACCGAAUUAGACGAAAGACCAAAAGAUCUAACUGAAUAUAAUCCUCGUGAUAGAAUAACAUUAAAUGUAAAUGAAGACAUUUAAAUUUUUUUGGAAGAUAAUAAAGAAAUAUCUGAUUUGGAAAAAUAAAGAUUAUAAAAUAUAGAUAAAGUACUGGGUACAAAAACCCAUUUCCAUGAAAUUCUCCCAUAUGAAGAAAGACUAGAUAGCGAGCAUGUCAUGGAAACUAAAAUUAUAAACAGCAUUAGAAAGACUUCUAACACCAGACCCUUAGAAGAAAAUUCCUGUUUAAAAUAUAAGAAAUUUUACACAAUUUAUGAAUUUUCAUCUGUAGAAGAUUAAAAAUAGGAUGUUUUUGAAAAUGAAAUGAAUUAAAAAAGAAUUGAAUAUUUUACUUAAAUUGAAAGUGUUUAUACUGAUAUGUCCUUAUUUAAAGUUGGUUUAAUGGAAGAAUAAAUGCUUUAAGAAUUAAAAAAUAGGACAUAGAUUCAAAAUAUUAUACCUUUUUAUACUAAGAAAUUUAUUUACUAUAAUUAAGAUUUGGAUAAUGUAUUGAAUAUUUUUAGAGUUUCAAAUGAAAAUUUUUUAAAUAAACCACUUUCUAUUAAAGAUUUAUAAAAGGAAGAAAUUUUAAGUGUUUUGACUAAAUAAGAGAUAAUAAAUUUUCUUGAAAACUACAUUGAAUUCGAUAAAAGAAUAGAAUAUUUAGCCGAUGAAUUAGAGUUAUAAACUGUUUAUUAUAAAAAUAUUAUAUUCAAUAAAAACCAUGAUAAAAUAGCUUUUGUUUUUGAUAUAUAUAAUAAUAACGAAGAAUAUAUUUGUAUUGUUAAAGAUUUGAAAAAAAAUUAACUUAUAUAACGAAUUAUUAGUAACAUACAUUAUUAAUUGGCUUUUGAUGAUUUUGAUAAUAUUUAUUUUGUUUAAAAAAAUGAUUUAAAAAGAUAUAGUACAUUAUCAUAUUUAAACUUAGAAGAUAAGAAUAUUUCUAUUAUUUAGCCAAUAAAAAUUUUGGAUGAAAAAAAUCCUAAUUUUUAAUUAUAGAGAAAUGAAUAAAAUUAAUUAUAUUUUAAAGAAACUUAUUUAAAAAAUGCUGAAUUUAGAUAAAUAACUUGUCCUUAUAAACCUAAUAAUUUUUUGAGCUAUAAUAUGUAACAAAGAAUUAAUUAAACUUUCUAUGAAAUAAAAUAUAAUAAAUUUAACUAAGAGAACUAUGUUAUGGAAAAUCUUGAAGCAAUUUCAAGAGAUGGUAUAAAUAUUCCAUUUACAUUAGUAUAUAAUAAAUAAUUUGUAAAUUCUAACAGCCCCUGUAUAUUAUAUUUAAACAGCAAUUUAGAAGAAAGAACACAAUAUGAAUUAAAUCCUGUAUUUAUUAGUGCUUUUGAUAGAGGAGCUAUUAUAUGCUAUCCACAUAUGAGAGAAUGGUUUAUUUGA